AUGGCAGAAGAGGGUGGCAACAAUGGCUUAGAAGGGAACCUGUUGCAGUUUGUGGAUCCCAACCAGCACCUUUCUACUAUUGUUCCCACUAUUCAGAAUAUUGUGGCUACAUUCAGCUUGGACUGUGACUUGGAUCUUAAGAAAAUUGCACAGCAAGCUCGCAACGCAGAAUACAGUCCCAAGCGUUUUUCUGCUAUCAUAAUGAGGAUAAGGGAACCAAAAACAACAGCUUUGAUAUUUAGUUCUGGGAAGAUGAUCUGCACAGGUGCCAAAAGCGAAGAAGAGUCAAGGCUUGCAGCAAGAAAGUUUGCUCGAAUUAUCCAAAAGCUUGGGUUUCCUGCCAAGUUUAAGGACUUCAAAAUUCAGAAUAUGGUUGCGUCCUGUGAUGUUAAGUUUACCCUCAAACUUGAACUUCUUGCAUGCGCACAUUGUGCCUUUUCAUGUUAUGAGCCAGAGAUAUUUCCUGGCCUGAUAUAUCGCAUGCAACAGCCAAGGAUUGUAUUCCUCAUAUUUGUUUCUGGAAAAAUUGUGCUUACUGGAGCUAAGGCAAGAGAGGAAAUAUACACAGCCUUUGAGAACAUGUAUCCUGUUAUUUCAGGGUUCAGAAAGUUUCAGAAAUGGUACGACACAAGCACUUUUUAUUUAAACCGGCUACAUGCCUAA